GAGGGAGAAAAAAUAACAGCUGCAUAAUACCUGUUAGUCACUUGGCAGUUUAACCCUGUUUUUCUUUUCCUUAUUAAUCAUAUCACGUGACAAAAAAUCACGAGGAGUAUUAAGAAUAAUUAAGAACCUCUCUGGUACAACGGAUAAUAGACAUUUUCUGGAACUUUAAAUUUUUACUUGAAUUAAAAAAAGACAAUUUUAACCGUUUUACAAAAAGCCAAGUGUGCGUAUUGUGUAAUCAUUUUGUGAAAUUGUGUAUUGCUAUACACAAUCUAUUUUUGGUGUGUACCCUACUAUUUACAAGUUAGACGUUGAAUUGCAGUUACAGCAACUUUAUAACGAAGACGACAUGGACUGUUUAUUAUUUCUACAAGCAUCUCUGUACUUCUGUAUUUUCGUAUCUGGUUUUCUUGUAUGUGUUCCAGUUGGAAUAAAUCGAACAAGAUUUGGCGACAUGUGCAUCUUGUACGGUGAUGCAUAUGGCAACUUGAUAUCUGGAAGUGCGGCUUCUAAUUGCGAUUUUCCAAUUUACUUUGGCAUUUUUGGAAUGAUUAUCUUUGGAUUAUUAGCUGGUGUUUGUUUUGGCUAUUUUACGUAUAAGUCAAGAUCAGAUAAAGAUGUUGGAAAAGGAAUGUGGACAGUACCAUUUAUUCCGCUAAAUGCUAUUUCAUGCAUUAUGACCCUGGUAACAGCAUGUAUUCUCUCCGUCGGUAUCAAGGUGUUUUGUGACAACAUUGAGGAACAUUAUCAUAGUUGUGCUGCUUUAGAAUAUACAACUCUAACCACCAGUGGUACAAAUACAAAUACAGGAGACUUUCUCGCAGUAUCCUCAAUAUCACAG